UGUAGCCGAGUCUUUGGCUAUCUCUAAAGACUUUGCCCAUCUAAUUUUCUCUAUCUGUUCCAUCAAGAAUAAAAUGGCCACACAAGGUGGACUCUCCUUUGAUCCAGAUCACAGUCUCAUCAGACUGUUUCAUCACAGAAAAACCCUCUUCCACUCUCAUCAGCUCAGAAUCCACCACAUUUCGCCUCAAAUGGAGGCUCCGGACACCAUUGAGUUUCCGGUCUGCGCCUCUGAGGAUCGCGGGAAGAGGAAGGUUCUCGACGUGAUGGAAUUAUUCCCCGAGAAGAAAGAGGGCUGUGGCCGCGAAGACGACGAUGAGGAGGAGGAGAAAGGGAUGGACAAGUUAAGAGGAGGAGUUAAUAUCGGAUUGCAUCUUACGACGGGGAGUGAUGAGUCGGGAGUCGAGGAUGGGGGGUGCUCGAUUCCGGAGAGCAAAAGAGCGAAAAUCGAGGUGGCGUUUCUUCAAGCGGAAAUGGAGAGGUUGAAUUCGGAGAAUGAUUGUUUGAAGUCGGAGAAUGCUCGUUUGAAGGAAUAUAUGUUGCAUCAAAUGGCGUCCGGGGGUUACGAGGAGGGUUCGUUGUCCCCGCCCGAAGGGCAAACUAGUCGGGAUGUCCACGAAAAAGAUGUCGUGGGUGAUCACGAACGGUGUUUAGAGAGCAAGGCUCAGAAGCUCGCACACUCUCCGAGAAGCGCCGAUCAGGCCACUGAGGCUACUAUGAGGAAGGCCCGUGUCUCGGUCCGUGCUAGGUCCGAGGCCACUAUGAUCACGGAUGGAUGCCAAUGGCGCAAGUACGGGCAGAAGUUGGCUAAGGGCAAUCCAUGCCCUCGUGCAUACUAUCGUUGCACGAUGGGCGUGGCUUGCCCUGUCCGAAAACAGGUCCAACGAUGCGCGGACGACACGACCAUCCUCAUAACAACCUAUGAGGGAAACCACAACCACCCAUUGCCCCCGACCGCCAUGGCCAUGGCGUCGACCACAUCCUCCGCCGCGAGAAUGCUCCUCUCCGGCUCGAUGCCGAGCGCCGACGGCAUAAUGAACUCGAAUUUCCUUGCUAGAACCCUCCUCCCCGGCCCGAUCUCGGCCCCGGCCACAAUCUCUGCCUCGGCCCCAUUCCCAACCAUCACACUAGACCUUACACAAUCACCCGACCCUCUCCAAUUAGCCAAACCCUCCAACCAAUUCCCCCUCUCCUUCCUCAAUCCGUCCACGGCCGCGGGAAGCUCCGCGGCCGCGGCCGCCUUUCUCCCGCAGAUCUUCAACCAGGCCUUGUACAACCAAUCCAAAUUCUCCGGCCUACAAAUGUCCUCGCCGGAGCUCAAUCAAGGGCCCCACGAUCAUCCAUCGCCGCUGCAUCAGCAGAAUCAUUUGAGUGAAGCCGUGAAUGCUCUAGCAACGGACCCGAAUUUCGCGGCCGCUCUAGCGGCCGCGAUCUCCUCGGUUAUAGGUGGCGGACCGAGCCCCAAUAACGGCAACGACAGCAACAACCACAACAACGAGCAAUAACAACAACGGCCAAAGCACACCCCUCAUUUUAUUCAUUUCUAUUAAUUAUGUUUGCUUCCUUACAAUAGAUACAAAACUCAAAAACAUUAAAUUGUGCUCUUCAUUUUAUUUUAUUUUCUUUAAAUUUUGAAUAAUGUAUGUAUAUAUUGUUAGAUGUAUAAUAGCAAUAAAAUUUAUAGAGGAAAGAUGUU